AUGACGGUGAACAGCUUCGAGAAAGGAGGUGAUGGAGGUGGACCCUCGGCUUGUGAUGGGCACUUCCAUUCCAACAAAGAUCACUGGGUGGCUCUUCCUCCUUCCACCUUUGAUCAUAACUCCAACUGUUUCCGCAAACUGAAAAUCAGUGCGCGAGGGAAGUCUACGGUGGCCACCGUCAUCGAUGAAUGUGCGAAGCCGUGCAAGGAUGAUAUCGUGGACGCCUCUGAGAGUGUUUGGAAAGCCCUCGGCGUGCACCACGGUGAUAAUGACUUCGGCCUCAUGCCCAUCACCUGGCAUUUCAUCUCCUAG